GGCACUUAACUGGACAUGAGUGGGAUGGCAUCAGAUCACAACAAUUCUUCCCAGGAAGAAUACAUCCCACAUUAUCUCCAAAAGGAAGACCCUUUUGCAUCAAAGCUCUCUAGAGAAGCGGACAUCAUAGCUGGCUUUUAUUUGACAAUAAUUGGGAUCCUUUCAACUCUGGGGAAUGGGUAUGUUAUUUUUAUGUCCUCAAAGCGAAAAAAGAAGCUGAGACCUGCUGAGAUAAUGACUGUUAAUUUAGCAGUGUGUGAUCUGGGCAUUUCAGUUGUAGGCAAACCCUUCAGCAUCAUCUCCUUCUUUUCCCACCGCUGGAUGUUUGGGUGGAUAGGCUGCCGCUGGUAUGGCUGGGCUGGCUUCUUCUUUGGCUGUGGGAGCCUCAUCACCAUGACAGCUGUCAGCCUGGACAGGUACCUGAAAAUCUGCCACUUGUCCUAUGGUACCUGGCUGAAGAGGCACCAUGCAUUUAUCUGCCUGGCAAUAAUCUGGGCCUAUGCUACGUUCUGGGCUACAGUUCCUUUUGCUGGGGUGGGGAGCUACGCCCCCGAGCCCUUUGGGACCUCCUGCACUCUGGACUGGUGGCUGGCACAAGCUUCAGUGGCUGGACAGGCUUUUGUUCUGAGCAUCCUUUUCUUCUGCCUCCUGUUCCCAACUGCGGUGAUUGUGUUUUCCUAUGUGAAAAUAAUCUUAAAAGUCAAAUCAUCCACCAAAGAAGUCGCUCACUACGAUACCAGGAUUCAGAACAGCCACAUUCUUGAAAUGAAGCUGACCAAGGUGGCAAUGUUGAUCUGCGCAGGGUUCCUCAUUGCCUGGAUCCCUUACGCCGUGGUCUCGGUCUGGUCAGCCUUUGGACGGCCGGACUCGGUCCCCAUCCCGUUCUCAGUGAUCCCAACACUGCUUGCAAAGUCAGCAGCCAUGUACAACCCCAUCAUUUACCAGGUCAUUGACUGCAAGUUUGCCUGCUGCCGGUCAGGAGGGCUGAAAGCCAAGAGCUCUUUGAAGAAAUCAAGGACAUACACAAUAUCUGACCCCAGGGACUCCACAGCGAUGAACGAAACCCAGCUGGAAGCAUGA